AUGCUCCUUAAACCUGUCAGCCUGAACUGUGAGGCCGAGCCUGCUACACCCAAAUUUAAAGAUGCCCAGACCCAUUGGGAGGAUCCAUCACAUAUUGACCAAGUGUACUUUUCAACCACACAGUCUGUUAAAGUAGACAAGGCCACACAGUGCGAGGCAGAAAUGGGUCCUACUGUGACUAGCACCACGGUCAUUGAUGACGUUAGGUCCCGGCUGUAUACUGGAGUGCGUAUUGUUCAAUUUUUCACCCUGGUGACGGUGUUGAUGCCUUUCAGGAAGACAUCAAUUACCCUUCCUGUUGUUGACCAAAUCCUGAUGACAUUGAUGAAGCUAAAACUAAACCUAAUAUUAGGAGAUAUUGCUCACCGCUUCAAUGUGUGUCAAUCCAUGGCAAGCAUCAGUCACUGGAUUGACGUGAUGGGUGAACAAUUCAAAGUCCUGAUCCCCUGGCUUCCAAGAGAGACCAUUCGUGCCACCAUGCCCUUGUCGUUCAAGAGGAUAUACCCUCGAACCACCUGCAUCAUCGACUGUGCCGAAAGUACCAUGCAGAGAGCCACAAACCACGACUCAAGGAGUGACACUUUCAGCCAGUACAAAUCACACAACACUGUGAAAUAUCUCGUCGCUGUGGCCCAUAAUGGGCUAAUUAUGUUUAUAUCUGAUGCCUAUGCUGGCAGAAGCAGCGAUAAGUUUAUUACCAUGGACAGUGGGUUCCUAGACUAUCUGAGGGCUGGUGAUGAGGUCAUGGCGGAUCGUGGGUUCACCAUUCGAGACUUACUUGAUGAGAGAAGGGUCAGUUUGAACAUCCCUGCAUUUACCUACAAGCGCAAUCAGUUGACCAAUGAGGAGAUGACGCGCACCAGGCGUGUAGCCAAUGUCCGCAUACACGUAGAAAGAGCAAUCCAGAGACUGAAGGUCUUUAAGAUUUUAUCCCAGACCAUUCCCAUCAGCAUCGCACCAAAACUGGACAACAUCUUAACCAUCUGUGCUGGCAUAGUUAACCUGAGGAGUUCACUGAUCAGAGUGCCUCAUGAGGUUUAG